CGCCGGAGCCGCCAUGUCCGCCAUCUUGAAGCGUCGGUGAUGGUGGCGAGUGGAGGUUUUCCCGCCUGAGCGGAGGCACCCGGGGCCUGUGGCGGGGGACGCGCUGCGGAGGAAGAAAUCUGCUUCAUCUAAUUCAAUGCUAAUUCAGUCCUGCUAAUCUGCUAAUACUGUAGAUUGAAAGAUUUUUUUGCUGUUGCCAGGAUACCCUGUAAUGGGCAAGGAGCCUGAGAGAAUACAAAACGUUCUGAUUUUUUAACUUUUAAAAACUUUUGUGUUUAACAGACCAGCAUGUUUUGGAAAUUUGAUCUCCAUUCGUCAUCGCACAUAGAUACACUUCUAGAGAGAGAAGAUGUAACACUGAAGGAAUUGAUGGAUGAAGAGGAUGUUCUGCAAGAGUGCAAGGCUCAGAAUCGCAAACUUAUAGAGUUUCUGCUGAAGUCAGAAUGUUUGGAAGACUUAGUUUCAUUUAUUAUUGAAGAGCCACCUCAAGACAUGGAUGAAAAAAUUCGAUAUAAAUACCCAAACAUAUCAUGUGAGCUGCUUACAUCAGAUGUCUCACAGAUCAAUGAUCGGCUGGGAGAAGAAGAAUCCUUACUCCUGAAACUGUACAGCUUCCUCUUAAAUGAAUCUCCUCUAAACCCUCUACUGGCCAGUUUCUUCAGCAAGGUGUUAAGUAUUCUUAUAAGCAGAAAACCAGAACAGAUUGUGGAUUUUUUAAAGAGGAAGCAUGAUUUUGUAGACCUCAUUAUUAAGCACAUAGGGACCUCUGCUAUCAUGGAUUUGUUGCUCAGGCUACUGACUUGCAUAGAACCUCCACAGCCCCGGCAAGAAGUGCUAAAUUGGCUUAAUGAGGAGAGAAUUAUCCAGCGGCUUGUGGAAAUUGUACACCCAUCUCAAGAUGAAGAUAGGCAUUCAAAUGCAUCACAGUCACUCUGUGAAAUUAUUCGUCUAAGCAGAGACCAGAUGUUACAAGUACAGAACAGCUCAGAACCAGAUCCAUUGCUGGCAAGUUUAGAGAAACAAGAAAUCAUAGAGCAGCUCCUGUCUAAUAUUUUUCAUAAAGAAAAAAAUGAAUCUGCAAUAGUCAGUGCAAUCCAAAUACUAUUGACCUUACUUGAGACAAGACGACAGACAUUUGAAGGCCAUAUAGACAUCUGUCCUCCAGGCAUGAGCAAUUCCACAUACUCUGUCAACAAAAGUGUUUUAGAAGCCAUAAAAGCACGACUUUCAUCCUUCCAUGAACUCCUACUUGAGCCUCCAAAAAAAAGUGUCAUGAAGACAACCUGGGGUGUACUGGAUCCACCUGUGGGAAACACGCGUUUAAAUGUGAUUAGAUUAAUAUCUAGCCUUUUACAGACGAAUACGAGCAGUGUGAAUCAGGAGCUUAUAGAACUUAACAGCAUAGGAGUAAUACUGGACAUGUUUUUUAAGUAUACAUGGAAUAACUUUCUGCACACUCAAGUAGAAAUCUGUAUUGCAUUGAUUCUUGCAAGUCCUCUUGAAAGCACGGACAAUGGCACAAUUACAGAUCAGGAUUCCACUGGGGACAAUCUCUUACUGAAACAUCUCUUCCUUAAGUGCCAAUUAAUAGAAAGAAUACUUGAAGCGUGGGAGAUGAAUGAAAAGAAACAGGCUGAAGGAGGAAGACGGCAUGGCUACAUGGGUCACCUGACAAGGAUAGCAAACUGCAUUGUGCAUAGUACAGAUAAGGGGCCAAACAGUACACUAGUCCAGCAGCUCAUUAAAGAGCUUCCAGAAGAUGUCAGAGAGCGAUGGGAGACAUUCUGCACAAGCUCUUUAGGAGAAACUAACAAGAGGAAUACAGUGGACCUGGUCACUACCUGCCACAUCCACUCCUCCAGCGAUGAUGAAAUCGACUUUAAAGAAACUGGCUUCUCACAGGAUUCUUCCUUGCAGCAGGCCUUUUCUGAUUAUCAGAUGCAACAAAUGACGUCCAAUUUUAUUGACCAGUUUGGCUUCAACGAUGAGAAGUUUGCUGAUCAAGAUGACAUCGGCAAUGUUUCUUUUGAUCGGGUCUCGGACAUCAACUUUACCCUCAAUACAAAUGAAAGUGGCAAUAUAGCCUUGUUUGAGGCAUGCUGUAAGGAACGGAUACAGCAGUUUGAUGAUGGUGGCUCUGAUGAAGAAGACAUUUGGGAAGAAAAACAUAUUGCCUUUACACCAGAGUCCCAGAGGCGUUCCAGUUCGGGCAGUACGGACAGUGAAGAAAGUACAGAUUCUGAAGAAGAGGAUGGAACGAAACAAGACUUGUUUGAGUCGCACACCAACACAGAAGACAAAAUGGAAGUAGACUUAAGUGAACCACCUAACUGGUCAGCAAACUUUGAUGUACCCAUGGAGACUGCUCAUGGUGCCAGUCUGGAUUCUGUUGGGUCUGGUGUGUGGAGUACUGAAGCACCUAUGCCAGCAAAAGAAACUGGCUGGGCUUCAUUUUCUGACUUCACAUCCUCUUUGAGCUCAAAAGAUUCCUUAAGAAGUAAUUCUCCUGUGGAAAUGGAAACAAACACAGAUCCAGGUGAUCCCUUGAGUGCAAAUGUAACUGCUCUUGCAACACAGCUAGAGACCCCAGGAAGUGUUGCUAUGGAGGCCAGCUCAGAUGGAGAGGAUGAUGUAGAAAAUGCAGAUAAGGUAACUGAAACAGUCAUGAAUGGCAGCAUGAAGGAGACACUGAGCCUAACUGUAGAUGCUAAAACUGAAACGGCUGUUUUCAAAAGAGUGUUGAAAUCCUAUCGUGAGGAAGGAAAAUUGUCUACCUCGCAGGAUCCUUCUUGUAAAUAUGUAGUAGAAGAGAAUACAGAGGUUGCAGAAGAGGUCCCUUCAGCUCUUCAGCCUACUAACAGCAGUCCGGAACAGAGGACUGAUCAACACACCCAUUUAGGAGAGGCAUCCGUUAAUGGCCCUGUAUGAUAUGUGAUGUCUGCUACCUUGGCUGAAGAGGAAGAACUGAUGUCCAGGUGUUUAAGUAUUUCUUGAGGAUUUCAUCUAGACCCUGUUGAAGCCAGUCACUGCUGCACUAAUUUCGCAAGGAAUCAGGACCAGCAACAUUUAUAUUCUAGAUUUUAAGACAUUGUACAGAAAUUCAUAAGUGUAAAAAUAUUGCACAUUGAAAAAUACCAAUAAUUUUUGCGUAUGUUUAUAUUGUAUUGUUCUAAAUAACGGGGGGCCUGUGAAAUAAGAUCUUGCUACCCAUGUAAUGACAGUAGUGUUACUAUAGUUAAAAUGGCUGUAAGAAUAGUUUUAUAAAAAAAGUGAAUACAAAAAUCUAAUGUAUUUGAGACAUAACUAUUUGACGAUUAGUGUGACCAAAGUAUUUAGCAGUUUUCUUACAUUUUUCACCUUGUAAAAAAGAAAAAGAAAAUUCAUGUUUUUUCUGAAACUGAAAUGCCCUAUAAAUGUUAUUUUGGUUGUUUUAGCUUACAAAAGUGAUUUAAAUAAGAAUUUUUUGGUGUUCAACAUUUUACAACAGGUUUUUUAAUUGGUAAUUGUUUUCUGUAUUGUUCAAAACAGAUCAAAAAAUGUAAGUCUAUUGGUAGAGAUUUUAAGUAUUUAUUGCAACAGCUUAGUUGACAAAUUGAUGUUACUGUAAAGCCAUAUGUUCUGUUAAGUCUAGUUUGCUUGAAACAAUACCUUACAGGUGAAACACUAGAAUAUUUGGAGUGCACAUGGCUUGUUGUGUUUAAGUGGUUCACCUGCCUUUUAAACAGUUCACCAAGAUUUAGUUUCAAUACCAAGCAUUAUACAAUGGAACAUUUCAGAACAAUCUGCGUAUUUAAAACGCUAUAAUCCUUUUAGACAAGUCAAGUAAAUGAAAUGCCCGUGCUGCUAAUGUAAUUACAGUACAUGCAUUUUAAAAGUAAAUAGUGUUUUUAAUACAAAUUUUGGCAGCAGAGCAUGUUAAUUGUUAAUUUCACUGUACUGAUCUGUGUGAGGCUUUCAUUUGUAUGUUCUAAACCAGUUUUUUCACAGCUGGUUUGUGUAUAUAUAUAGUGAUUAUGGAAACUAAUUCUGUGUAAUUUAUAAUUUUCUAUGUCAGUGUAAAAUUCCAACAGCCUUCUCAAACAAACAGAAGCAAUAUACUGUAUAUUGCCACAUUGUCUGGUGAAAGGGUUAAAAUACUCCUGCACUUUUAGAUGCAAAUCCAUUUUUGUUUCUGUAAUAUUCAUUUAUUUUUUACAUCAUUUGUUUUCCUGACCAGUAUUUAAAGCCAAAAUGAUACUCUAAACGAUGGCCAAUGAUUUAUUUUAGAAGGCGUCCCAAGCAACGUGCCUAAACAUUACAUUGCAUACAGAAAUAAAAAAACCCACAUGUAUGUCAUUGCCCUUA